AUGUCUUUUGAAGAGCUUGAUCAUUGGAAUAAUGGUGUCCACUUUUUCAAGAUUAUUGUUGAAAGUACCCUCCAAGAAGAAAAAAUGAGAGUUCCUAUAAGUUUUGUGAGAAGGUACUGGAAAGGAAUAGAAAACCCAGUCACCCUAAGGCUACCAAACAUGUUUGAAAGCAAAAUUUUUUGGGAGAAAAAUAGUGAUUAUGAUGUUUUGUUUUGCAAUGGUUGGAAAGAAUUUGCAAAUUAUUUAUCCAUGGGUGAUUCCCAACUUUUGGUCUUUCAAUAUCAAGAAAAUUCUCUCUUUAAUGUGAUUGUAUUCGGUAAAAAUGGAUUAGAAAUCAAAUAUCCUUCACUGAAGAUUAAUGGUGAAUCUAUUGAGAUUGAAGCGAGCGAAAAUUCUUUGCAAAUUAUUGAAGAUCCUUCACCAAAGCACCGUGAAAGACUAAAAUCUUUACAAGUUUUUAAAAAGAGAAAAACCACCCCAAAAGAACAAAAAGAAUCAAAUCAAGACAAGAGAAAAAUCCAAAAGAAUGGAAGAUCUCAUAAUAUUAUAGAUGUGGACGAUGUCAACAAUGAAGAUUUGAAGGAGAAAAGUAGGGUUUUGUAUGACAAGGUGAAGAACACAUUUCAGUCUAACAAGGACUUCUUCAUAUGCAUGAUCCAAAAGACAUCUAUGGAAAGAGAUCUGUUGGGCAUACCAUAUGAUUUUGGUAGGAAAUUUUUGCAUGGAUUACAAGGAAGAAAUGUUACUCUUUUUGUUAACCCUAAGAAAAGAUGGAUUGUCGAUUUGAGACUCACUUCAAAUGAUAAGUAUAUACUAAGUGGUGGUUGGAGUAAGUUUCGUGCUCAUAAUAAUCUAAAUUUUGGCGAUGUUUGUGGUCUUAUACUGAACAAAAGUAAAGGAAAAAUUUCUUUCAAAGUUACUAUUUUCUCUCUAGAAAAAGACAUUUGA